AUGAAGAAAACUUCUGCAAGUGUACCAACUGGCAAGAUGCCCAUCACUACCAUUGCUGUGCUCCAGGCUCCAACAGUCAAACGUCCAAACAUGAGGCGGAUGUCUAAUUGUCCUCAUGUGAGCGUGAUUGGUGAGCAUCAGUCUUGGGAAGAGAUAAAGAAGAAACAUGAACUGCAAGAAUGUCAUACUUGCCAAGCACAGCCACCAAACCUUUGGCUCUGCUUGGUUGGCAAUUGCAACUACAUUGGUUGUGGGGAAUCCUCCAAAGACCAUAGUGCUUGUCAUGCGGAGUUAUUCAAAUCCCUCCCUCUUUUCACUCAACUUCCCCUGAUUCCACACCCACCUAACACUCAAAAUUUCACUCCUCCUUGUUCCUACCAUGGAGACAGCCUGCAUGGCUUUUUCUCCCAUCCUCAGAUACAGUUUUGUCAUCAGAUUACUGUCAAUAUACAAGCUGUUUCAUCACAAGAGUUCAAACAUUGCUUGACAAUCAACCUGACUACCAUGCGGAUCUGGUGUUAUUCUUGUGAGAAUGAAGUCUUGGUUGAACACAACAAUCCACCACUGCUGUUAAAUGAACGAACAUACCAAGUGAUGCAUCGGCCAGAUGGUUCAACUGACAGCUCACCUCAACGAAGUGCUUUUGAGGCUGAAGAUUCAGAAUCAGAUAUGGAUGAUGACACUAUCAAACCACGAGGUCUGACAGGCUUACAAAAUCUGGGCAACACCUGUUACAUGAAUGCUGCUCUGCAAGCAUUGUCAAAUUGUCCUCCCUUGACUCGAUUUUUUCUUGAUUGCUCUGGAUUUGUUCGACCUGACAGAAACCCAAUGCUCUCUCGGCACUACCUGCGUCUUAUCUCGGAGAUUUGGCACAAGAAAAGCACUAUCUCUGCCUGUCUCUCUAUCUCUGCCUGUCUCUCUAUCUCUGCCUGUCUGUCUCUAUCUCUGCCUGUCUGUCUCUAUCUCUGCCUGUCUGUCUCUAUCUCUGCCUGUGUCUCUGUCUCUCUCUCUCUCUCUCUCUCUCUGUCUGUCUCUCUCUCUCUGUCUCUCUCUGUGUCUCUCUCUCUGUCUCUCUCUGUGUCUCUCUCUGUGUCUGUCUCUCUCUGUGUCUCUCUCUGUCUGUCUGUCUCUCUCUGUCUGUCUCUCUCUGUCUCUCUCUCUCUGUGUCUGUCUCUCUCUCUGUGUCUCUCUCUCUCUCUACCCAGUUAUGUUGUACCUAGUGGCAUUGCCAAUGGAAUCAAAGCAGUUCAUCCAAUGUUUAGAGGAUAUACACAACAAGAUACUCAAGAAUUUCUUCGUUGUUUUAUGGACCAACUUCAUGAAGAACUGAAGCAACCACUUGUUGAUUGGGACUCUGGUAAUAACACCUCUCUUAUUACCUCAACUGCAGCAGCAGCAGCAGCUAUGUUGUGCCAUGAAGCCCUGCCAUCUUCAGGGGGCCCCUCAGACAAGCCCUACAUGAAUGACCAUGAUAGGCAGUCAUCUAUAGACUCAUCUAGCAGCCAAUCAGAUUAUGAGACUUGUGAUUCUGCUCAUAGCAGUGAGCGAGGGGGUACUCCAGAAACUGAGGCCCUUAUGGCAGGUGGCACAAAUGCCUCCACAACAGGGCAAGACGAAGGGUCAACACUGGCCAAUAUGGCAACCAGCAGUAUUUCUGCUGCAGAGUUUCAGGAUGCUAUCAGUGAUGAGGAACAUUCCAGUAAAGUGAAGAGUAUGCCAUCAACAUUGCGGGGAAAAUCACAAACACAGCAGCAAUCUUCCAAAUUAUCUGCCAGUGACAAAGCCAAACGACCAGUUACACAUCAGAGUGUGAUAUCAGACAUAUUUGAUGGAAAACUUUUGAGCUCUGUUCAGUGCUUAACAUGUGAGCGGAUUUCUACAACUAAAGAAACCUUUCAAGAUUUGUCUCUCCCCAUCCCCAGCAAGGAUCACCUGCACAUGCUACAUGCUAGUCAGAGCUCAACCUCAAAAGGUGGAGCAUGUGGAGAGGUGAACCAGGGCUGGAUUGCUUCUAUGCUUACAUGGAUAAAGAGCUGGUUUGUGGGGCCAACAAUCACUUUACAAGACUGUUUAGCAGCUUUCUUUUCUGCUGAUGAACUCAAGGGAGAUAAUAUGUAUAGUUGUGACAAGUGUAAAAAAUUACGGAAUGGUAUGAAAUAUUCUAAAGUAAUGCGGCUACCAGAGAUCUUAUGUAUUCAUCUGAAACGAUUUCGGCAUGAAUUCUACUCCUCAAAAAUUAGUACCUAUGUAUCUUUUCCCUUAGAAGGGCUAAAUAUGAAAUCCUACCUCCAUAAAGAUUGUCAGGAUGAAGUUACGUCAUAUGACCUAAUGUCUGUGAUAUGUCACCAUGGAACUGCCGGAGGUGGUCAUUACACUGCUUAUUGUCUGAACUAUAUUAAUGAUCAGUGGUAUGAGUUUGAUGACCAGUAUGUUACUGAGGUAGAUUUCCAGCAAGUGAUGAGCUCUAGUGCCUAUGUUCUCUUCUACAGAAAACAAAAUGAUCAUAUGAUGCCAAUGCGGGAAAGUGCUAUGAGCCUGAUGGAAGAACCUGAGCCAAGUCUCCUCCAAUUUUAUGUGUCGAAACAAUGGAUUAAUCGCUUCAACACAUUUGCCGAGCCUGGGCCAAUAACGAAUCAAGAUUUUCUCUGUCCACAUGGAGGUGUUCCUCCAACCAAAAUGGGUCAUGUGGAGCAACUUGUUGUCCUUCUGCAUCAACCAGUUUGGCAGUACCUGCAUGAGAGAUUUGGUGGCGGUCCUGCCUGCACACAUCUCAUUGACUGCAAGACUUGUGAAAUGGAACUUGAAAAUUUGAAGAACAGACAAAGAACUGAAAUGGAAUCCUUUAUUCAGCUGAAUGAAAAAUUCCAAGCUGAAGAUGACCCUGCCAUAAUAUAUGCCAUCAGUAUGGCUUGGUUUAAGGACUGGGAAAAUUUUGUUAAAGCAAAAACCGAUACACCUCCGGAUCCAAUUGAUAAUAGUCGCAUCACAGUUCUGAAGAACGGUCAACCAUUCCUGAAGACUGGGUCUGAUUAUGGCCAGCUGUCAAGAGAAAUGUGGCAAUUUCUUCAUGGAAUAUAUGGGGGUGGUCCUGAACUUAUUCAGCGCCAACACCCAGCUAUUCUGCCUCCUGCUACACCUGCAAGUGGCAGUGGUGGCUCCCAGCCUCCAGCAUCUGUUCCGGCUGCAGCUCCAGCUCCAGCUCCAGCUCCAACUCCAACUCCAACAAUCCCAGAUGGUUGUGUAAAUAUGGACAGUUCUGCAUGUUCAUCAGUUGACAAAACAGAGGAAGAGGAUGAAUCAACCUCUUAUAAUUCUGUUCCUAUGUCAGCCAAUGUUAUUGAUACUCGUUUAUGA